AUGACUGGAGUAUUCGACCGAAGGAUUCCGAGUAUCAAACCUUCCGACUUCCAGAACCCUUUUCAGCUUUCCACCACCAUGCAUCACCCGUCUCAGGAAUCCCCUACGCUACCCGAGUCUACGGCCACGGAUUCUGGCUACUACAGCCCCGCUGGAGCAGUGCACCAUGGCUAUUGUUCGCCUAACUCCACCUCGUAUGGGAAACCUCUCAAUGCCUACCAGUACCAGUACCACGGCGUAAACGGAUCUGCGGGAAAUUACCCUGCAAAAACAUACCCAGACUACAGCGCAUACACAGCCUCUGCUUACCACCAAUAUGCUGGAACUUAUAGCAGAGUACAACCACAACCAUUAAGUCCUCAAGGUAAUUAGCCUACAUAAUUAUUAUUAUUAUAAGUGUUGUUGUUAUUAUUAUUGUUAUUAUUUAAUGAAGUUUGUGUUGUGUUCGAGCUCUCACACUGUUUUUACAUGCGAAUAGCCUAUUUCAAGCUGAGAUAUUUUCCACCAUGUUAAAUUCUUGAAAUCAAAUUUGGUAAAGGGGCACACAUUUUUCUGAAAAAUAAUUAUGUAAAAAGUACGGACUUUUCCUUUACCGGUUAGACUCUUUGCAAGACGCAUUUGCUUCAAUCUAACUGUCUAUAAAUCGACAGAGAGCCUUCCCUAAGAGACAUGUGUCCACGGGAUGUCCUCUUGAUUUGAUCUCUCUGAAAUAGAUGGUAUAACCAAGAACUAAUACUUUAUACUUUGUUAGUUUAUACACCACAUAUAAAGUAAUUUAUUUUUUUCUUUCAGAAAAAGAGGUAGCAGAACCUGAAGUGAGGAUGGUAAACGGAAAGCCCAAGAAAGUCAGAAAACCAAGAACAAUCUACUCCAGUUUUCAGCUCGCCGCCCUACAGCGGAGAUUUCAGAACACACAGUACCUCGCGCUGCCGGAGAGAGCAGAGCUCGCGGCUUCUUUGGGACUCACGCAAACGCAGGUAAAUAGCCUACAACCUCAUUGUCUGUUCAAAGUUGCGUUCUGUUUUGUUUUUAAAAUCAAAAUGAUCACUUGGUCUAUGUUGCUAUCCUUCACUGGAAUUGUCAGUUCAAAAUGGCAUUACGUUUACAAUAUACAUUUCAUGCUUAAUGUGUGCGUAAUGAACGAAAACACCUCGCCCCAUUUUAGAAAAUUUAUAGAACGCUUAAUUCAUAUGAAGACUUUUGUGCAAUGGAAUUUUUAAUUUUUUUUAUAUGCUUUUAUUUAUGAACUCGUUUUAACAUAAUUCUCAUACAUCUCCAGGUCAAAAUCUGGUUCCAGAACAAAAGGUCGAAGCUGAAGAAAAUCAUGAAGAACGGCGAACUCCCACCGGAACACAGCCCGAGCUCCAGCGAUCCCAUGGCUUGCAACUCUCCGCAUUCCCCCGCCGUCUGGGAUACGCAGGGCCCGUCCAGGCCUCACAGCCACCAGGCACAGAACAACAACUCGGCGGCCUCCACCUUUUUGGAAAACUCCGCCUCUUGGUACUCCGCGGCUGGUGCCAUGAAUUCUCACCUCCAGGCCCCCAACUCGAUACAGCACUCUUUGGUUCUCGGAUCGGGGACGUUAUACUGA